AGUUUGAGAUUCUCAUAACCAACCCUUAAGUUAAGCCUAGUUUAAGAUACAAAUUUUCAAAAGGGUUUUCAAAAUCUUAAACUUACCUUCGCUUAAGGUCACCAGAAACCGAACAGUGGAAUGCUCACCGUCGGGUUGGGUGGUAUCCCCAAACGAGUGAUCCUUAAGUUUCGUUUGCAGAUCACGUACGUACGUGUUAACCCUGGCCAUUGGACAUUAUACCCGCAAGGCCUAACUAAUAGGGAAAAUGGUGAAGAAUUGAGGCAGGAGAAGGACAGUGCUCUAUAUAGGAAGAAGAAUGAGGAGGAAGACAUGGAAGAUAACAUUGCUUCUCCUGUUUUGGCGUCACAGUGGAGGGGGCUGUGAUAUUUUUUAUUCCAAUCGCAAGUCCCUAAUUUGGACUAAUUUUAGUCCCAGACGGGCCCAAAACAAGGAUAUCCCUCCACACAAUUUCGAUCCAAAAAACUAAACAAUACUCCGGUCUCCGUAUCAUAUAUCUCGAUCAGACUAUCCGCCGGAAUCAAUCAGACUAACCGCCUGCCGCCUGGACUCUAGCGGAUAUUUCCUCAAUCCGAUGAAGGAGUGAAUCAAUCGAUCAUACUAUUCCACUCCUAUUCCCUCAAUCUGCUAGAAUCAAUCGUAGAAUCAAUCGCGGCUUCUGCCGGAAUUAAUCUCCUCUGCUGCUUCUGCCGGAAUCAAUCUCCUCUACUGCAUCUCAAGCUUCUACCGGAACUUCAGCCCAGAACAAGGGUCAAUAAGAGAGAUACCAUUCAGUUACUACUUGGGUGGAAUUACAAUCGAGAUAGAUGUGACAAGAUGAAAUGAAAAGAUGAAGUUUAGAUGUUAAGCGUUUAGGAUACUUUUGUCAUGUU